AGAAAUAAGCCCCUGUAUCAUUAAUGAGAACUUUUGGCCCAUUGUUUUCUCAGAGGCUGUAAAAAGAGGUCAUAAAUGGUAUUUCCAUAUUGUUUCUCAUAUAUAGUAUAACAUGAUAGGUCGAACACAGAAAGCUCGAAAUCACGCAUCUGUCGAACUGUGCCUGCGGUCCUGGUUUUUUCUUUCAUAUUUAUCUUUGUAAGAUAUUCCUCGAACUACGGAUCCCUUGAACUACCGAAGACAGUCCUGACGAAUUCGAGCUAUCUAUGUUAUGCUCUAUUCUGAGAAUGUUAUCAUAAAAGUUUGCUAAUUUAUAUUAAUCUUUUCCCCCCAGUUUCCGCAGAAUGAUUUGAAAGAACGGAUCUGAUCAAAUUACAAGGAACGUAUCACAAUGGGAUCUCAAGAUAUUUCAUGCGAACGUGUUAAUAUAUCUCAACUGGAAGAGCAGCUUGAGAAUGAAGCCAUACGACUGCAAGAAACCAGCCCUGAUUCUGUGGUAGAUGUUCUGCGCAGUGGAGCUUCAACUCUGGUUUCAGAAUGUCUCAAGCUCGUCCAGUUCUCCAAACACCAGCACAAUUUGUUCCGACUCAUCGACAAGAUCACUGACGUCCUUAUGAUUGCAUCUGAUGCAAGUAAAGAUGCAAAGGAGCACCUCAUUACAUCCCUGUCACCGGCAUGCAUCAGUUUUAUCCUUUCGCAACGUGUUUUAGUUCCACACAAACUGGAGGUUCUGAAGUCAUUAAACAUUAUGCUUGAGAGUAUACCUUUGCGCUCCAAACAAGAACUUUCCAAAAGCAAGGAGCUGUUUGAAGGGAUGAUGCGGUUGUAUUCCUCCAUUCCUUCAGCAGGAGAUUAUGAAUUUCAAGUCUGCAUGAUCGAAUGCCUUUUCCGCAUCUUUCCGAGAAGCACACGCCGUAAGAGCAUGUCAGAAAUUAAUGCUGAUAGCAAGUUCCUGGAUGACUUCCUCAGUAUCAGAGAUAGCCACUUUGAAGCAGACUGCCGGGUUUUUCUUAACAAAGUGAACGCGCUGAGUACUACUUCCUUGAAGCGGGUGCAUUCGGUUCCUGCCAAAUAUGUGACACUUGACGGAGAAAAGGUUUACAAACCUGCUGAUGAAGGUUACGAUGACUUCUGGGUCGAUUUUAACACAGGAAGUAAACGAGUCAGCAUAUUUUGUGAACCCACACUUUUGUCAUCACAGGCCACCCAAACCCAAGGGGAACAACUGUGGGAGACGAUAUCUCUGUGGAAAAAUGACAUUAGCAGAUACGAAAUGUCAAAGACGUCCAAGCUGAACAAGGUGACCGUGGAGCUGUGUGUCGGAGCCCAGCUACUCUCUAACAGUAACAGGGUCGUGGAUGAACAAGCCCAUCUAGUGGUCAUUGCUACGGAGGCCGAGGCAAACCUUUCACUCUUCAUGGAAGCCAUCAUGAAAGUCGAGCAGCAGCAGUACCGAACAUCCACUGUGCUGGAACCUAUCCUCAUUGAAAAUAGAUCAGAGGAGGCAAGUCAAAACAGCCAUGGCAGUUUCACAAAGGUGUCAGUUCCCUGUGAGCCAAUGAUGUCCCCAGCUAGUUCUCUCACGUCGGGCACUUUGAGCAUGUGGAAAGUGCUGGCAGCCCAAUGCACGGGGAAGACAAAACAGUCAGCUCACAGGACUAAGGAGAUGGAGGAAAAUAAUGAUGAAGCUGAAAGUCCUUCUUUGCAACCAUGUAGUGAAAGAAAUACAAAUUCUCAUAAUGAGAGAAAUGAACAAGCCGGCAGUGGGAAAAAUAAGGAGCUUUAUCAUGAGAAGAAGAAAUUUUGUCAAGGGGGAAAAGGGAAAGAAUUGUUGGAAAAAAGGAAUCAAGAAAAAACUGGGAGUGGGAUUGAUGGUGUCGUACAUCUUGGAGAUCAAAGCGUAGAUGCACCAACUGCAAGCAAGUUGUCUGGUAAAGAAAAGGUUGCCAAAAUAAACAGUAUGGAUGAUACAGGUUCAGUGGCUACAAGCAAGUUGUCUGGUAAGAAGAAGAAUUCUGCUGCAGUAAACAGUAAGGACGUUACAAGUGCAGCAGCCACAUGCAAGAUAUCUGGUAAAGAAAAGAAUGUUGCUGCAGUUAACAGUAAGGACGUUACGAGUGCUGUGGCAAAACCCCAAAGCAAGGUGAAGGCCAGCAUAAAGUACACAGACAUGACCCAGCACCGGAUGGAUGCCCGAGCCAGCGACGGUUGCACUGAUGUCUCACAACUGAAUGCUCUGAUCGAGGAAGGAGGGGACAACAAUUUGUCUUUGCGGAGGUCUCAGAGGGGAAGGAACAGCCAGGAAAUCUCUGUCACAUCCAAGCUCAUGGAUUCAGCAUGCUCGGUAAACGUUGCUGGAAAAGAUACGGAUCAUUUGUCGGUGGAUGAAACUCAAAGGAAGACUUCUUGCUCUUUGGAGGUCAGCAAUAAAAUUGCUUCAGAUACUACAAAGAGCACAAAAAGCAAGAAAAAAAAGACCAAAGAACAACUGCCUCCUCCCAAAACUCCUCCUGUGAAAAGAGCAGGACAGAAAGUCAAGACUCCAGUGGUCACUUUGCAAAGUCCUCUUGGCAAGGAGAAGAGGAAGAAACUGCAUGAUGCCAGUGACCAAACGGUAGCUCCUAUAGAUGUUAUUCCUUCGUCAUGCAUGGAGUUUGAGUUUGCGGAAAGAGUUUCUUCUGCUCCGCCGAGAAGAACAAGUUCCAAAGAAGUGGUUGCUGAACAUAUGAUACAAGAGCCAACAGUUUCUAGUUAUUAUGAAGAGAGUCUGGCAGACAGGAGGAAACAAAGUGGGAGUGACGUUGUAGCAGAUGUGGGUGAUGUCAUCGCUGGAGACACUCACAAACAUUACAGUCCUGGCAACUUGUCUGUGGAAGAGUUUAAGCCAGUGAAGUCGUUUAAGUCGCUCAGAGGCAGAACAAUGAACCCACAUGGACUGAAUGAGAGCAAUACUCAGAAAGACAAAUCACGGAAAAAGUCAAAGAGAACUGAACAAAGAACAAAGACCCUUGCUAGUAAAGUCAGUCAUGAAUUACCCCGAGAAGUGAGUACAGGAACUCUUCAUGGUUUGAUUCCUUCUCUCAAGGAAGUAAACCAGAAGUUUGACAGGAAAAAAGGACAGGAAGAGUGUGCUGCAGUUGAGAAGGGAGAUGUUGUAAGUGACACGGAGCUCAACCUCUGUGCGGAGCAGGAUGCAGAAAUUGGGAGUCCAGCAGCGCUUGACAAAAGCAAAGGAGACUCACAGAGUUCUAACUCUGGCUACCUGUACAUAGAAGUGGAGCGCAGUAACGUUGCGGGGACACAAGCCGACAUGGUCGCAGAAACCCAGGUUGUGCCUCAGGAGGUGCUUGAGCCUUCCACACAGACAACCAUUUCACAGCCUGAGGGAAGGGAAAAGACCUCCAGGAAAUAUUCAUUGAACAAAAUCUCAGAGAAGUUUGAAGAUGAAGCGACUGUCCUUAAAUCCAAGACAAUGCCCAGUGAGUUUUGUUCUACCAAGAUUUCUCAAAUCAAGGACGGAGAUAGUUCCCAUCAAAUUAAUCCUAGAUUCUUUGAGAAGACCACGUCUCAGAAGAAAGCAGGGGAAGGUUUUGGAAAUUUGUCUAAGACGAGCCCAGGGCGACAAAUCUCCAGCAGUAUAAGCUGUAGCUAUGUCUGUGGGAAGCUGGUGACCAAGAAAAAGAACCCCAAUCAUUCUGACAAUACAAAAGCCCAUGCUAAGACAACAGCUAAAGGCGCCUCACAGAAACAAACACUCUUUAACAAGCGUGGAGACACACAGAAAAGUAAAAGUCCUCUAGCAGAACAGGAUUCUGAGGUAAGCUCAGCAACAUCUCUGUAUGGUGACCCCUGUGAAAAUGUUGACAAAAUGCCUGAGUCUACUUUUGCCAACAGUAGAUCUCAAGCCAGUAGUAAGAAAGCAAAGAUUGACGACAACGAAAAAGAGGAAAUGAAGAAAAACAAAGAGAAGAAAAUAGAUGGGAAGGAACGACAAAUUUUGAAUGAGACUUGCGAUAAUCCCCACAAGUUCAAUCUUCGACCCCGAAAUAAAACAGUUUGCUAUGAAGAGAGUAAUACUUCCACUGAUAAAAGCUCAGUUCUGGAGAAUUCUGUACUGAGCAAAGGGUCGGUCGUUAAAAAGUCGAGGCAGUGUGAAGAUAAAGCCCCGUGGAGAGAAAGUUUGAACUAUGCAGCAUGCAGUCCUGCUCUUGGCAAACAGUUGAAAAACGGUGCCAAUAAUGUCAAAAUGAGCAAGGUUGGAAUACGUGAAGGUGGGGGGAGCCACACUGCAGAUGUAGAUAUGUCCACGUCAGAUUCGCGUACUCCAAACAAGUUGCUGAAACACAGCGGCCACAAAUACCACAGUGUAUGGAGGAAGCAAACGGUGACCACGUACACCAGCGUCUCCCAGGACAGUUGGAGGGCCGAUCCUUACGACUUUGAGGCCAGUUGUAAUGUUGUCUCGUCUCCAUCCCAUAGAGAGAGCUACUCGGCACCUAAAGGGGCUCCUUACUUUACAUCUCUCAGUCCUUUGGAUGGUAACUCCAGUAAAAUAUGUAAUAAGAACAGUAAGUCCACCAGUAGGAAAGAUGGAAUGAAAGCUACUAAAGGUUGUCAUAGCAACAGUCAGCGUCUCACCGUGGUAAACAAAACAAAGUCUUUCCAUUACCAAAAGUCGAGGCCCACUCACACGUCCCGUGAGGCAACAAGAACACAAAAGUCGGUGAGUUCAGCCAGAAAUAAAGUGGGGAAGAAGCAGCUCAAAGAGAACAAAUCCCCUGCCACCAAUCUGGACGUCUCUCAGAGAACUCCCCGCCACGGACUCUUCUCCAGUCAGAUGGAUGUGUAUGAGUGCAGCAGUGGUCUGGUGUUCCCUCCGCUUGAGGACUCAAUUCCUUGCACGCCUUACAUGGAUGAAGAGGAGGAGGAGGGGGUUGAAGAACCGGUAGACAAGCAAAGAGCUCCAGAUAAAGAUUGUGAUGAGCAGUCCAUGGGAAGUUUGUAUGAUCGCAAGUCAGUAGGAACAUGCAGUGAACUGAGUUGGAUUGCCAAAUGCAAGAAGCAAGACAAUCAAGUACAAGGAAAAACGUACCAGAGGGAUCCUGUGGACAGGAAUAUGGAACAGGUGUGCCACCAGCGACAAGAAUCUGCUGAGGGUGAUGUUGUUUGUCUGGGUGACUCUCCAUCUGACCAGGCCAGCCGUCCUGCAUCCACUCUUUCUGCGAAAGUGAGCCAACAUUGCAGCAACAGGAGACAGCGAACGCCGGUAACAAAAGUGACAGCUGCUGUGAGAAGGAAAAUCUUGAGUCCCUUAGAUUUUACAGAGAUGCCCAGUGUUUCUCCGGAUUCUGUGUAUGAUUUUGAAGACUCUCCUAUGACAAAAAGUUACGAUUCAUGUCUCCCCCCAAAGAGGACAAAGGACUCUUCUACAUCCAGACUGACUGGAAGCUCCAGUUACACAGACAAGAAGUCCUUUGAGAAAUCACGGGAGAUGAAGUCUCAUGCCUCCAUCUUAACAAAUAGCUCUCACAAAAGUAACAGAAAGUCUUCAGGAAAACAAGAGAAAAUGUUAUCCUUCAAGUCUCCGAGUAGCACAGCGAGUUCGCCGGCUCAGAAGAAAAGUGGACAUGCUGAUUCUGACUCUGAUAUGAUAGUGGAACAUUUGUCUGACAAUGAUGUUGGAAUAGACCAUAUUGGAACUGUUCAAGAUGUUGGAAUAGACCUAACUGGAACUGUUCAAGAUAUUGGAAUAGACCUAACAGGAACUGUCCAAGAUGUUGGAAUUGACCAAGUAGAUCAACUUUAUGAUUCUGUCGUUCCUGUGAAUGCUGCGGGCAAGGUAAAGAGGCGGCGAACUGUGAAAAAAGCGAAAUCUGUAAGCAAUUCGGAGUUAUCGUGGACCUCUAUGUCGUCUGUGUUGAACCACCAGCUCAGUGUGGUAGUGGACAAGAUGUGUGGGACAAGUGCGAGAACAGACUCUCAACUAGCACAGACGUCUGGGCCAGGAUAUGUAUCAGGACCAUCAUCAACCACCAGGCCAAGCAGAUCAGCACUGAAGAGGAAGUACCCUAUGAUAUCUGACUCUGAUGCGGAAGAACAGAACAGUGAUGGCAGUACCAGCUGUCAGUCAAACCAGUCAAGUACUGAGACAUCAGCCAAAAAGUGCUUAACAUUUGAUCUGGUGGAAGAAACCUGUGCAGCAGAUGAUGUCCCAUCCACUCUCGAAGAGUCUGUGAAAACACCUUCAAAAAGGAAACUAGUCUCUGUCAUGGACAACAAAUUAGAAAGACCAAGAAAGGACAAACCUUCUUCAAAUACUGGGCAUGAUACCUUGAGGAAGGAAAAAAGAAAAUCUCAGAGAAAGCUGGAUUUAUCUUCCCCAUCUCCUGUCUAUUCAAUGAAGCAAAGACCAUCUUUGCCAAUGUCUGAUUUUGGAUUUGGCCAGUUCAGAAUAGAGGAUGGAUCGAGCCCAGAGAAACUCCGAUCAACGGCGCUUUCUCUGGAUGAAGAUGAGGCCCAACUAACAUAUUCUCCCCCAGAGCCGCUCUCUCUCUCCAGCAUUCUGUCCCCGAAUCUCCACUCUUCCCUCACAACACUCAGCUCUGACGAUGUGAACGACGGGGAUAUAUCCCAGCCUCUCAUAGCCUUCUGUAAGACUAUAAAUGAGUUGAAAAAGCGGCGGACUUCGCAAGCCUCUUUGAAGUCCUCUGAAACUUCUUCAAGCCGAUUGUCUGAGUGUGAGGAGCCGUACGAUCAGAACUUCAACCCAGACCUUGGAAACUUGCGGGCUUUGGUUGGGUCAAAGUUUCGAAAAAUGAGCUCCCAACAUGAGGCAGAUAUUCCUGAUGAUAUUCCAUCACCUGUGUCCAUCUCACAGCCAGGAAAAAGUCCCAUGGGAAGAUUCCAAGACCUGCUUCACAGUAUGAUGAACAAGACCAAGAAAGACUUGGCAGACAUGAAAGUAUUUGAGGAGCAGGUCACUCAUGUGUGGAGUCAGCAGAUGGAGAAGAUAUCACAGAGCAGGCUGGCACAGACCGCUCAGCUGAACAAAAUGAGGGAGGCUCACCGGGCAGUGUUGUACGACCUGAAGAAGGCCAGGCUGGAGGAGGACAAGUCUCAGAAAAAACAGAAAACUUUUGUGAAGGAAGAUUUAGAGGCGUUCCAGAGAAGACUUGUUGCUCAAUUUAAUGUGCAGUCGCUGGAUACACUGAGGAGAUGUCUGAAGACUUCCCUCCUGUUUUCCUAACUGGCAUGUGCACGGAUUGGAACACUAAGAGUAUGCAGCCUCGCAACUAUUCCGGCUUACCCUCAGCUGUUCCAGAUUUUGCAGUCAGGAAUUUGAGAGACUUAUCACAUACACUACCCCAAAACCUGUCCCACUUGAUGCAAUUUUAUCUGCUGUUAUGUAAUCUGAUGUUAUAAUAAUGUUGGUUGUCCCUGAUUGGGUUUUUUAAAAGUUGGCAAGUCUGAGUAUUGCGAGCUGACGGUUAUGGACUCUUGCUGAUGGAGGAUGGUGAAUGAGCCCCUAUGAGUGAAGUUACUGCUACUCUUGUCCAGUUUUCUACCUGUAAAUUUGUGCUGCAGAAUAUUGCCAGUCUCCAGAGUACAUGCACGUUGCUCACAAUGGUCUGAAAAAAUUAGAAAUUUGUUAUAUCGGAGUCCGCUUAAACUGAAAUCUGCUGGAUUAACCAUGCUCAGUUAUAGUGGACUCCAUUGUAUUUUCGACUUUGUUUUUUCAGGGUUUUUUAUUACGGUUUCAAAUAAAUUGUCUGUUUGAGUGAUUACAAAAAUUUCUUGUUUCAUCCAGUUUUUGUAACUUAAUGCCUCAUGAAGUUGUUUCAGAUAUUUGUGCAGAUGUGAGGAAACUUUAAACAGUACUCUGUGAGGUAUGUUGUUUUUUUUACAGGAUGAUGGAAGAUUUUUGUCCAUGGAUUUGUGUGAGUUUUUACAUGUGACCUGACUGUUAUUUUUUUCGAAGUUCCAGUUACAUGAGGAGCACUACAGUACCGUAUAUAAAGUCUAACACAUACAUAGCGAAAUCAGCGGGCUAGGCAUUGAACGUCGCAGAUACAAACGCGUAACAGUCUUUUUCCCCCUCGGCAACUGAUCAUUAUUCAAUGAUAAGCUAGUCUUGACGUAGAUCUACGUAAAGAAUUGUUCGCUUGUCUAUCAUAUGGAAUCUAAAAUUAUAUGCUAGGCUCUACACAGCAACACAACUUUUUGGAAAACUAUCAAGAUGACACUGGCGUGCUUUUGAACGAAUCGGCCUUUUUUUACAUAGCUCAUAACACGCAGGCAUUUCAGGCACUACUUGUUACUUCUCUUUACACAUUACUGGCUCAGUGCCCGUAAUUAUCUACACAAAACCUCACGUUUGCUAUAAUGAACACUCAGAUUCAACAUGAUUUUGGGUCAGGCCCGGCGAUCUCGUUGAAUCCGAGUUCCACUGUACUUGCAAGCUUGCUGAUUUUCCAUUUUCAGAUCUUCACAUCAUUUCAGAUUUUUCUUGAAAAUGAAAAAGUUACAUGAUUCUUGUGAAUUUGUGGCUUGAAAGAAAAUAAAAGUUGCAGAUUUUUUGUGUUGAAAUCCCCUAGAUAUAAUGUUUGAUGUUCCAUUUCAAGCCCACUGGUGUAUUGUUUGGUUCCUGUGUUGAGUUUGUUCAUCGUAACAUUAACAAUCGUGUUUAAACUUGAUAAUCAGUUCAUCUGUUCCAUCUCCCUUUAUGCGCGCAGUGUUUGAAGUGUUUCGCAGACUGCAGCCAAAUAAAAUUUCCCAGCACCAGA